UCUCGCUCAACUUCUCAAUGGAAUUUUCAAGUCAAUUUCUUAAUAUGAUUAGUAACAAAGAUGUGCGUUACGUUGGCAGUACUUGAUUUCACAUUCCUCUCAGUUGGCAAUGCUCGAGCGUUUCAGUUUGAUUUUUGAAAGUAAACAGCGAUUUAAAGUUUGAGCCAUUUGACCUCAUGGAAUGGACAGUGCAGGACGGUGCCAGGUUGGACGUUUGAGAGGCCAUUUUAGCGGAAUAAGAAAAAGUCAUUUAACUCUCGUCAGUUGGAGUUGGGCACGUGUAAUUCUUCAAUUCUUUUAAGUUUGUUGCUUCACGUUUGAAAACGAAGUUUUUACGUUGCUUAUACUAAUUAAACGUCUACGCAAAAAUUAUGGGCAAUUUCGCGAGCAAGUUGCUGUUUUACACCAGUGGAACUCGAAAAGAAGACAAUGAAGUGGAGGCAACUGAGCAACAGGCGGAUGCGAAUGAUAAUAUGUGUACACCAAUAUUGUCUGAAAGAAGGGUACUAGUUGAUCCACGUUCUGCCUCGGCAGGAAUUCCAAGAACUCCUCUUGAGAUUAACACCGAGGGUUCAAUGACCAAUAAGGUACCUAGUGCAAUUCCGAGGUAUUUACAGACAAAGCAGUAUCUGGAAACUGAUAUGGAUGUAGUGAUGCAACCAUUGACACCAAAAAAACGUUUACCAAAAUUAACGGAUAGUGGUCAAUCGUCAGACUCCGAUGGGAUGCAACAUUAUUUAACACCAAAUAUUAACGACGAGAAACAUCCGAAAAUGCUUACACCAAUAGAUAAGGAACGUUACAAUGUUUUAGGAUUAGAUCCUAGAUCUCCAGCUGCAGAUUUCAGUAGAACUCCGAUUUUGAUACCAAAAUCUAUUGCGAAGUUAAAAGCACGAUCGCAGGAAAAUUUGACUCGCAAAGGCAGUUACGAUACAGAUGUGUACAACCCCAAAAUCUUAUACAAGGAGAUUAGUGUCAGGACACCUCAGUCCGAUUCCGAUUCAACAACUGUCUUUGAAAGUGAGGCAGAGGUUACAGUUAUUAAGAAUUUGAAAGUUAAAGACUCGGAGGAAAAGUUAAUCUCAAGCGAACAGACAAUUGCAAUUGAUAAAGAGGAAGAUAACGUAGAUAAGCAGGAUGAUUGCGAAGACAUCCAGCAGGAUGUUGAAACGAUGCAUAUCUCAGAGGAUUCUUAUUGCGAGCAAAAUCUACAAAGUCACAGUGAUAAGAUUAAGGUAUGGCAGGAUCCCUCGUCGGAAGAAAGCAAGUCAGGUAAGGAAGAAAAAGAGAAUGUUGAGACAUUACCGCCACAUGCGAGUCCAAGGGAAGAUAUAAUUAUAACAUUUGAUGACACUAGUGUCACUUUACCGAAAUUAGUAAAAACAGGAGAAAAUAAAAGAGAAGAGAUCGCAGGAAAGAAAAAAAAGGAUAUCGGAACAGAUGCUAAACUAGUUUCGAACGAGGAAAAUAUUUUCAAUCCUGGCAACAAAUAUAGAACUGAAACGUUCAAGAAUCGAACACCUCUGGGCAAUCGAUCUAACAAUGAACAAGUGCAAAGAAUAGCAACAAAAUCACCACAACACUUGUUGAGGAAUAAAGCUUUGUCUAGUAAGGUACAACAAGAGAAUACUCCACCAUGCAAGAAACACAGUGGAAACGCUAGAAAUGAUACUCAGUGGGAUCCAAAUUGUACAAUUUUCAUUUAAAUUACACAUUUAUAUUAUAUAAUUUGAAUUAAUUAACAAUAAGAAUAGAUUAGAAAUAAUUAAACUUGUUUUACAUUGUCAGUUGCAAAUACAAUUAUACAUUUAUGUACAUGCUUAGUUUGACAUAAAUAAAUUAAUGUAUAAUAGAC